AUGUACACAGACGUGAUUGGCCAAGUUAUUGACGUGAAGGAUAUUGAAACUGUUCAAGUCAAUGAAAAGGAGAGGAAAAAGAUUGAAUUUGAACUACAAGAUACUAAGUUGCCAGAUGAUGGUCUUGCUCUCACCAUCGUUGAGACUACCAAUGAUGAAGAUAAAAUGAUGAAGAAGAAAGAAUAUUGGUCUAACCUGCAACAGAAGACUAUUAAAGAGUUACUAAUUACUUCUGAG